UGACCGUUCUUCUUUAACACUAAUAUGCAUUUAUAUCGUGGCCAAAUCGUAAAAUUGAUCACGUUAUAAUGAUGUGACCAAUUAUUUUAUAAAAUGGUGUUAUUUCAAGAAUCGUUGAACCGAUUUAGAAGAAAUUUAGUAGGAACACAAUAAUUUGUGAUCAUGGCAAGGACAUGGAGGGGGGGGGAUGCCAAAGAUGCCAAACUUUCUCUUUGAUGACAUUACGGUAUAAAGUUACAAAUAACAACACCAACUACAAAGUACUUCUGCUUAAAAAAACUUGAAAUCGAACCGCCCUUCCGCCACUGUAACGCAUUGUAACGUAUUUCAAGACCUCCUCUCCCCCCAGAUUGCAUUAGGUAACACUAGAACGCCCCCUUAGCAACAAAUACCACUUCUCACUUUAAAAAAACGCUAUUUUUGUUUUCACCCACCAGAAUGGGUGAUAAUGGGUAAAAACCGGGUUUUUACCCAAAUCACCCAGUUUUAACCCAAUCGGGUGAAAUGGGUUUUUACCCACUACCCAUCUCUACAUGUUGUGUUUCUUAAAUCAAAAUCAGCAUUUGCUAACAAUAUAAAACGUUUUUUUUUUUCUUAAUAAAUGAUUAUAUAAAGUAUAUCAAUCGCUUAUUCUUAUUUCAUCAUUUUGAAUGUAUAAUUAAAAAAUAGAAACAAAAUUUCUUUAUUCUCCGGUGAUCUCCGGUUUUUCACCGGAGAUUGCCCGAUCACCGGUGAAUUCAAUCGGUUGUUAAAAUCUCGCUCCGGUGCAAACCUCUAUCAUCCACGAGGACGCGCCCCACCAUUCUUCCGCUAAUGUUUGAGUGUUAUCGGUACACGCUAAAUUAUCCAUGAGUGCACACGCACACUACAAUAAUGCCGUUCGGAUUGCUCGGAUCAAACUCCCCGCACCCCGCGCGACCGAGACCAAACAUUGGUGGGGCGCGUCCGAGUGGAUGAAACGAUCUAUGACAGCGCAUCAAAUAUUUACACUCGAAGUCUUUUUCUAAGGGCUCGUUCCCAUGACAAUUCAGUUUUCCGGAAUCCAGUAAUGCAGGAUCCCACAAAACUAGACUGUCGUAAAAACACAUUACGGGUGAGUUGCACCAUCUCACUGUAACUUUCACAAACGUCAGAAAUCUGUCAAAUUCUGUACAAAACACACCGGUUAUCGUUAUAGUUACGAUCAAAGUUAGGAGGUGCAACUCAGCCUAUGUGUUUGAAUUCGAAUUUAAAAUUGGAACGGAUCGGUUUUUGGCGGGACACUGCAAUCGGGAUGUUCGUGAGGGAUUCUUCUACAAGAAUAAUUUUCUUUCAAACAUAGGUUUCAUUCACCUAGGAAUCACGAAAACUUGCAAUAUAUCUUGUUAAACACUACUCUGGAGUACACAUACCAAUAAUAGAAAGUAUCAUGAAUGAAAACAUCGAUAUCGACAACUCACAACUGACAUCACCACCCCAGCUUACAAACAAACCAAAAGCAUUUUCGGAUAACAUUUCAAAUACAUCCUAAAUUCCUGCACUCUCGAUUCAGUCGCGGCAUCAAUGUAACGCUAUAGUGAUGUCCUUAACAAUAUUACUAUCGAUAUUCCUAAAUCUAAAUUUAAUUUCUGGAACUUAUCUAAAUGCAGAGUCGAAUUUUCUAAAGCCACAGUUGGAAAGGAACAAUAUUAUAAAUAAGGGUGUCUGGGUGAGGGAUCCUAAAGACAGAUUGUUUGAGAAAUCCAAUGCAGGGGAGUUCAUUUUUAGGGCAAAUUCCUUGGAUGUGGACAGCUUACUGCAGAACAAUUUUGAUGCGUUCGGUGACAAUGGCAUGCAGGACUCUCCAGGGAUAUCUAGUUACGUUGAAAGGACGAAGCGCUCUGCGAACGAUGAAAGAAAAAGAAUUCUACGUGAAAGUAUGAAAGAAUGCAAAGGCGAUAAGGACUGCGUUCUUCAUAAUAUAGACGAUAAAUUCGUGAAAUCUAAACUUAUCUCAAAAUUAAAACCAACAUCCGUCUUCAACGACUAUCCUUACGAAGUUGCUAUUCUAUUAGAAGAUAAUAAACUAGAUGACAACAGCAGCAACAAUAUAAAGAGAGUUAAAGAGAGCACAGAUGACAAUUCAGUCAUUCCUUUAUAUACGAAUAAAGAAUCACCUCAAGUGAACAUAGAAUCGCUCGUCAAAACUGAAUCUAAGGUCGAAACAGCUAUCAAUAAUACUAUAACACCUAAACGUAGCAUGAAAAAUGAUUACGAGAGUGAAGUGAUCAAAAAAAUCGAAAUCAACGAAGAAAUUGACAGUGACAAUAGCACUAAAGUUGACCGUAACAUAUUUGACAAAGAAGAACGAGUAUGGCAUCAAAAUAUGCCGAUGUCUGACGCAAAUGCCUACAAAAUUUUGCCUAAAUAUCCGAGCUCGAAGAAUAAGCCAAUAAAUGAAAGAGGACUUAUCAAAGUACUCUCAAUGCUCACUAAAACGUUCAAAAAGAUUAUGAGACAGCACAGCGACAUCAAGAAAAUACACAGCAAACUGCACUUAAUAAACGAUGAAGUUAAAAGAAAUAUUGCUGAUAUGAACAAAAAGUUUAAAGAUAUCGAAGAGAAAUACUCUCACAUUGUAACUUUAAGCGACAAGAUGAAAAUUUUCGAAAGUAGCAUGAAUUUAAAGGAAGAAUACUUUAAAGCUAAGGACACUGAGAUGUCCAAAAAUUUGCUAGAAUUUGAGAACCAACAAAAGAAGUUUUUGACGCAGCAACGACAAUUUUAUAACAUACAGAAAUUGAUGCUGGCACAGAACGAAAAGAUUAACAUGAAGCAAAAUCUAAUAGCCAAGACUCAGAGCGAGAUUUCACAUAGACAGAACAAUUUUGCUCGGAUUCUUAAAAAAGCAAAACAAAUCUACAUAGACAAUAAACAGACAUCCAAGAUUUCAACCACAACCAAACCAAACGUCAUUAAUGAUACUGAUGAACCUGCUAGAAUAACUCAUACAACAACACAGUCCCCAAUCGCUACAGAAUCAAUUAAAAUCAACCUUUUUUCUAUACCUUCUCUAAACAAAUUAGUCAAUCAAGAUACUUUGCUGCUAAAAGAUAAAGAUGAGCAGCCAGUUGAUGAUUUAGUUUACAAAUACUACUUUAACAACACUUUUAUAGAUAACCUCAUGAAGAGCAAAGUUCUAUCAACUUUUAUGACUACAGCUGAGAACGCGGAGAUUGCAAGAAACGCCAAAAACAAAAGGAAUAAAGACGAAUUAGAAACUACGAUCUUAUUACCGAUAAAUAAGAUUGAAAAUGGAGGCGCUUUGAACAGAGAGAGAAGGUGGAUUCACCAUAUGUCUAAAGCGAAACUGAAAAAGAUAUCUAGAGGCAAAUCUAGUAUUACCAAUUCAGAUAUAAAAGAUGAGAAACCACUAAAAACUAGAGCAGAACGUAAUGCCUCUAACAAUGGUAUUAAAACAACAAAGCUAUUUGCAAAGGACAAAGCAAAUCCGUACAAAAUAAUGGCCAAGAAUUUCUGUACGGAAAUUGGACAGAAUAAGAAUGUCCAGAUGCUGAGCUGGUGUAUAGAGAAAGCGUUGAGACGAUUGCAGUAUAUGGAUUUCCCAGCACCGGCCCCACCACCAGAGAAUCCCAAAGCAACAACCCAACAAGUAACCACCACGGCAACUACUAAGAUCUUACCACUCCCUAAAAGUUCUAAAGGAUCAUCAGCAGUCCCACGUGUGUUUACAUCGACUUCUGCGCUGCCAACAUCAGUUACUACUUCAAAACCAUUAGCAAAUAGUAACUUGAUAUAUUUUCCAGAUAAUGAAGAAUUGGAGUCAAACUUGAAACAAUACGAUCUAAAACCUGACACUGAGGGCAACGUAUACUAUGAUGGAAGCUUACAUUCAAGCGAUAUUGUUGGACUUGGGAUGCCAGAUAGCGAAGGCUUAUCAGAUAUCAUGCCGGGCUUCGAGAGCAAUUCCAGGAUAGACGUAGACCCUUACGUCUUCGAUCUUCAGGCCAGGAGACGGGAAACUGUUAGAAGAAUAAACGAAAACAUAUUGAAGAAAGUAAUGUACGGAUAAGUUAGCCUACUAGUGAAUUAGAUAAAUGUAUGGUAAAGGCUCUCACACAUUUGGUUGAAACGGAAACGGAAGCGCAUGACAUUGCAUCAGUACCUAUUGGAAACAUAGUAAUAAACAAACGUGUACUGUAGGAUCACUAGUAAAAAUAAAUAAAUAGGUCGCAUUUCAAAUAAAAAUUAUUUAUUGCUAAAGUUGCGGUUCCUGAAAAGUGGAGGUUUUUUUUAUCUAUUAUUUGAAUUCAGUUACGUAGUCAAUUGUAACACAGAUGUGUUGCGAACUUUUGGCUACUUUGGGUGUCACGGCGCUUUACUGAACAAUGACAGUCAGUGGCAGAUUUUUUGUAAAAAUAAUUUUGUGUUUCUCUAAGAAUUAUUAACUUGAGUGUGUGAGAUCCUUUAUGUUGAACAAAAUGCAAUUUUUAUGUACUAAAUUGGAUAAUAAAUAA